AUGUCUCAAUGGAUUUGUCAAGAAAAUGAAGAAAAUUUCAUUUCAAUUAGUCUUCCCCACCCAAGAACUGGCUUACCGGCGCGUUAUAUUAUUCAAGAUGGAAACUUAUUCGAAGCACAACGGAUAGAUUGUAGUUCCCAAAAUUCAUGGUUUAUUAAGGAUACCAUUCAAAAAGAUGGAAGUAUGAUCCUUUUUACGCGAAUUGAUCCAUUAUUUUUAAUGAUUCCUUUCCUGGAGAAUAGCCGAAGAAAAAAUUUAGAGUCACCAGGAUUCUUUCUUACACUAGAAGAUAUUCUUGAUAAUACAGAUUAUCCUAGUACGACACGACUUUUAACAAUAAAUAAUAUUUUAACUUAUAUGGAAUGGAUAUGUGAUGGUAAAGUGUAUAGAUUGAAUGAUGAUAAAAUGAUGAAAUGGUUAAAAGGAAAGGUUACAAAUCUUCUUUCAAAAUUUGAUCAACAUAAAUCUUUAAGAAAACUCGCAGAACAACUAGAUAAUGAAACAAUUAAUGAUCAAUAUCGACAAGAACUUCGAACAAAGUUCAUAUUAGAGGUCAUUAUGGAAUAUUUACCAAAUUAUUGGACUGAACAAUUGAAGAAAGAAUACAAAUUUGAUGAACUUGGUAAAUGGUCAAAUCAAGAGAUUUUUUAUAUGACAGAUAACACUCCAAAAUAUUCUGAAAAUAAACAAAUCGAAGUGGAAGAUAAAAAACCAAAACGUAAAUUAACACCUGGUCAAACAACAUUAGCAAAAGCUAACAAAACUGGAAUGAAAAAGUUGUCAACUUUCUUUUCUAAAAUUCCUAAAGAAUAA